AUGGUCAUCGGUGACGAACCCCACGACGAGGCUGCUCCUACCUCGGCAGCUGGGGUCAGCAACAAUGCUACCAUCGACCAUCAAUACUACCCCCACAUUAUCGACGGCAUUUGGCAAAGCAUCGACUGCUUCGGUGCUCUCACUACUCGCAUGGUCUCCAGGGAUUGGAAUCUUCGGGCUCACCGAGUUCUUUUGCGCCGUGUAGCCGCUACGCAGAUAGCCGAUGGCGUUAAGAUGACGCCUGUGGACCGCACACAACCUCAACAACCGGUCCCCCACUCAUAUGGCGUCUUCUUCGUUCCAGCACGGACUGGCGAAUCCGGGCCUGCGGAAGCUCCCCCGACCAUACCACUUCUUGACGCUAUCCGGGUUAUCGACAUCGCAACGCCCGUGUCAGAGGAGCAUGCCUUCCUAUGCUAUUCCCUUCUUCAGCAGCUCCAUCAAAGGGGCAAACUUGAAACGGUCAGAUUAUGGCUGCAGGAGGGAUGCGAUCUCGUCACCUAUGGCAAAACACAGGUUCUCCACGCGAGAUGGGACGACUAUCCUAGCGUUGAGAUGCACGGAGCUGAACAUGUCGUCUUAAACCUUGUCUCUGCGUCAUCUGAGUACAGCCCAGUCUUCACCGUCAUGGGGCCCGACCUCGAUCUGUGGCAUGACAUCAAGCUGCUGCCGAGCAUCCAUACGUUGAAGUCUGUCACCAUCAUUCUCAAGCAUGAGUUCCAGGAAGACAUCGGCAAUAGACCUUACUUCGACGCUGACGAAGACUUGCCAUGGUAUGCGAACUAUCUCUGCGACAGUCUUCAAACUGUCUGGCUCCAGUUUCCCACCCGGCUUGUUGGUUUAGAAGACGUCUUCAAACACGAACCACAUCGUAUCGCCUUAAGGGAACAUAUGAUUCGUUACUUGGAAGAGACCGAAACUUGUGAAAUUGUCCGACACAACCUUCACAUCAUCACCCGACAGGAGUACGAGGCCGUGGUAGGGAGCGAAGCCUACAGGCUGCACACCCAAAUACCUUGA